ACAAUAUGGGGCUCUUCGUUAGUAGAUUAUUUAAUCGCCUCUUUCAGAAAAAGGACGUUCGAAUUUUGAUGGUAGGCUUGGACGCAGCGGGGAAGACUACCAUCCUGUACAAGGUUAAGUUGGGCGAGGUUGUCACGACUAUCCCGACGAUAGGCUUCAACGUCGAAACGGUGGAAUUUCGGAACAUCUCCUUCACGGUGUGGGACGUCGGAGGACAGGAUAAGAUAAGACCCUUGUGGAGACACUACUAUUCCAACACGGAUGGGUUAAUUUUCGUCGUGGACAGUAAUGACCGGGAGAGAAUUGACGACGCGAGAGAAGAACUACACAGGAUGAUCAACGAGGAAGAACUGAAGGAUGCCAUAAUCCUGGUGUUUGCGAACAAGCAGGAUUUGCCGAAUGCCAUGUCUGCGGCCGAAGUGACGGAGAAGCUGCACCUGAACACGAUCCGGGAGAGGAACUGGUUCAUUCAAUCCACGUGCGCAACGAGGGGCGACGGACUCUACGAGGGAUUCGAUUGGCUCACCACGCAUUUAAAUAAUUCAAAGU